GCUCCUUCCUCCCACCCUUCUUGCGGCGCGACCCAACCCCAACGCCCCCCUCCCACCCCACACGAUGCUGCCGCGAUCGCCGGCAAGCCUCCACCUCCGGUCGCUCCGGUGGCCGCGGGGCUUCAGCUCGUCCUCAGCCCCGGCCGCGGCCGCGAAGGAAGGGGCUGACGGGAAGAUCGUGGCCUCGGUGGUGUUCGAGCGCCUCCCCGUCGUCAUCCCCAAGAUCCACCCCGUCGUCUACGCCUUCCAAGAAUUCUCGUUCCGAUGGAGGCAGCAGUACAGGCGGCAGUACCCUGACGAUGUCCUAGGCAAGGCGGACGCGAGGGGCAAGGGUGAUUAUCAGAUAGACUAUGUGCCUGCUCCAAGAAUCACAGAAGCUGACAAAGCAAAUGACAGGAAGUCACUACAACGAGCUCUGGAUAAUAAGCUCUAUCUUCUCCUGUACGGCAAAACUUUUGGGGCUCCUGAUGGCAAGCCUGUUUGGCAUUUUCCAGAAAAAGUUUAUGAAAAUGAAGACUCUUUGCGUUUGUGUGCCGAGUCAGCCCUAAAAUCUGUUCUCGGCGGGCUUGACAAUACAUAUUUUGUUGGCAACGCUCCAAUGGCUCACAUGGUAACUGAACAAAAAGAGGAUUCCACUGUUUCACCAUUCAAGCAGCGGUUCUUCUUCAAGUCGCAAGUGAUUGGCACCACGCAUUUGGACAUCAGGAGGUGCGAGGACCAUGCGUGGGUGACCAAAGCUGAGUUGCUGGAAUAUUUUCCGGAGCACAAGGAUCUCUUGAACAAGAUGAUCAUUCACGUAAGAUAGAUGAUAGCUUUAAUCUGUCGGGGGCGGCGACGAAGCGGAGGCCAUCUGAACAUGGAGCGCUGCUUGUCCUGUGUACCGGUUUCCAGCCACCACCAUCUGGGCCGCAAGCGUUUGUCGAAAGAGUGAAGCCCCAGAAUUUGUUGUUUGCAUUUUUAGACAAAAAAAAAAAUGCACGCUAGCUUAAGCUUUACUACAGGCUCUUCUCCCGUCACAUGCUAUACCUGUUAUUUUUUGUGGGGAAAUAAUUGAUGGGGUGCCAGUCUGUUGUCCCUGUUUCCUGACGUUUUGUGGCCGGCCAACUUACCCAACGCAAAGGCGCUUGAAUUGAACGUGUAAUUCCUAUUUUCAAAUUUCUCCAGUUUGACUUUGACCUAUCUUCA